AUGAUACGUAGCCUGGUAAGAUUUGCUAGAAGGCAGCUUCACACAAUCGUCUGUAGAGAAAUCAUCAAACCCUCUUCUCCGACACCUUCUCACCUCAAAACUUACAAUCUUUCAGUGAUUGAUCAAAUCAUUCCGCAUACAUAUAUGCCGAUGGUUGCAUUCUACCCUAACACGAGCAUUUAUCGUAGUUCCCAUGAUAAAACGCUUGACCUCAAGAACUCAUUGUCUCAAACAUUAACAAAGUACUACCCUUUUGCUGGUAGGCUACCCAAAGUCGCACCAGUUUUUGUAGAUUGCAACGGCAAUGGAGCUGAAUUUCUUGAAGCAUCAAUCGAUAGCACACUUUUGGAUUUCCUUAAAAACUCACAGCAUGAAGAUCUUGAUCAAUUCUUUCCACAUGGUCUAGUAUAUUGCAACUCAAACAGUAGAGACGAUGAUCUUGAAAACGAAGAAGUGAUCAUCCCACUUGCAGUUCAGGUCAACCAUUUUGAAUGCGGUGGAGUAGCGGUUGCAGUGUCGAUGUCCCACAAGAUAGCAGAUGGAAGCAGUUUGGUUCAAUUUAUAAACGAUUGGGCUACAACGACACGGUUUUGCUCCGAUAAGCAUGAACAUGAAGUUCUAGUUGACCCCAAGUUCAUUUCUGUUGAAUCCAUGAAAUUGAAUUAUACUGGAGAUUCGCUUGACUAUGAAUCGAAGGACUGUGUCACAAGGAGUUUCGUGUUCCCUAACUCAAAGAUAAACGAGCUUAAACUCAAAGUCAAAGCCAUAACAUCAGAAUGUGUUGAACCCAUCACAAACGCUACUCGUGUUGAAGUUUUGAGUUGGCUACUUUACAAGUGUGCAGUGGAAGCAGCUACUAAGAAUAACUCAGGCUCCUUCAAACCCACUGGAGUUUACCAUGCAUUAAACUUAAGAAACAUAAUGAUUGAGUCGAUGCCUGAAAAGAGCAUAGGAAAUUUCGCUAUGGCAAUUGAGAUGGAAACAAAUAACGAAAGUGAAAUCAGUGCAGAGUCAUUCAUCAAUGACCUGAAGGUGAAAAAGUUGGAGCUUCUAGGCAUAAGAAAUAUUGAAACCGUGUUUGAUCUUUUUAGCCAAGCUGAUUUAGAAGAAAUCAAAAUGAAUGAUGAUCACAUGUAUAUGUGUUCAAGCAUGUGUGGGUUUCCUGGAUAUGAGAUUGAUUUUGGGUGGGGAAAGCCUGUAAAAGUAACCAUUGCUGGAAAUUUAAGGAAGAAUAGUUUUAUUCUCAUGGAUACUCCAAACAGAGAUGGUAUUGAAGCACUUGUGUGUUUGGGAAAGCAAGACAUGGCCACUAUUCAAAGUGACCAUGAGCUUCUUGCCUUUUGCUAG